UCCCGCCGCCCCGUCGCAUAGCAACCAGCCAAGCCCGAACCUACCCCCCUCCACCCUCCGACUUCUGCCCACUCAAAUGUUCGGUCGCUUGGCACCAAAUGAUGAGUUUCCGGGUUGAACCUGCUUGGCGCAGCGGAAGCCCGCAGAUAACCUCUAGAGAAAAAAGUGUCCUAAAGGCUUCGCCUAGACAGCGUCCCCAAGGGGGCUGUCACUCCCUCCCUUUUCUACCCACCUCCCUCCCUUCCCGCCAAUUGCUGAACGCUAUCAGGGCGUCCUCCAAGUCCUCCGCGUCAAUCCCUCUGCUGACCUACUGCCUCCAUCCAAGGAGACCCACAGGCGGGGACUAUUUGGCUCUGAAAUGAACAGCGCUAGUAGAACAGUCAAAAGACAGACGCUAAGCCUUGCGGGAAUUGUAGUCUGAAAGCUAAACGAAAUGCUACGGAGUUGGCCCAGACUAGAGAGAGCAAAAAACUACACACCCAGCGGUCUUGGCAACUAGGAAUCGCUCCUCCUUCCGGCUAAUACCUCUUGUCCCCUGCUUGGGUGUAGCUGCAGUUAGAGGUGACCUGCUUGGUUGACUGUAGGUGAGACUGGUCGUUAGUCCCUGAAAUUGUCCACCUUCAGCCAUGGGUGACGCCAAUCCUGUCAGAGUCCUAGUAACUGGAGCAGCUGGUCAAAUUGCCUACUCUCUUCUUUACAGUAUUGCUAAAGGAGAUGUCUUUGGGAAGGACCAGGCUCUUAUUCUUGUCUUGUUGGAUAUCACUCCCAUGAUGGGUGUGCUGGAUGGUGUAGUAAUGGAAUUGCAAGACUGUGCUCUUCCCCUCCUGAAAGAUGUUAUUGCAACAGAUAAAGAAGAGAUUGCCUUCAAAGACCUGGAUGUAGCAAUUCUGGUUGGCUCCAUGCCAAGGAAGGAAGGCAUGGAGAGGAAGGACUUACUCAAGGCAAAUGUGAAGAUUUUCAAAUCCCAGGGAAUGGCUUUGGAAAAAUAUGCCAAAAAGACUGUUAAGGUUGUGGUUGUUGGAAAUCCCGCCAAUACCAAUUGCCUGACAGCUUCAAAGAUGGCCCCAUCAAUCCCCAAGGAGAACUUCAGCUGUUUGACUCGCCUGGAUCAUAACCGAGCUAAGUCUCAGAUUGCUCUUAAACUUGGCUUGACUGCCAAUGAUGUCAAGAACGUCAUUAUCUGGGGGAACCACUCCUCCACUCAGUAUCCAGAUGUUAACCAUGCCAAGGUUAACUUGCAAGGAAAAGAAGUUGGUGUUUAUGAAGCUGUAAAGGAUGACAGCUGGCUCAAGGGAGACUUUAUCACGACUGUUCAGCAGCGUGGUGCAGCUGUCAUUAAGGCUCGAAAAUUGUCUAGUGCGAUGUCAGCUGCCAAAGCAAUCUGCGACCAUGUCAGAGAUAUCUGGUUCGGAACUCCGGAGGGAGAAUUUGUCUCCAUGGGAGUCAUCUCCGAUGGCAACUCCUACGGCGUCCCGGAAGACUUGCUCUACUCAUUCCCUGUUGUAAUCAAGAAUAAAUCCUGGAAGUUUGUGGAAGGCCUCCCCAUCAAUGAUUUCUCCCGUGAGAAGAUGGAUCUUACUGCAAAGGAACUGUCGGAAGAAAAAGAGACCGCUUUUGAAUUUCUUACCAUUGCAUGACUAGACAAAUAUCAUGAUAUUACAAAACACAUAAAACCCGAAAAAUAUAAGUGUCGUCUUUAAACCUAGUACCAAAUAAUGAUACUGUACUUGACAAAACUACUUAUGAAAAACCAUGCAUUAAAAAAUUGUGUGCUUCUUGGUACAGACUUGUGCCUACUAUAUCAUCAUGUUAUCAAAUGGUGUUAGUGACGAAGUAUAAAUAAAAAUGACGGGCUCUAA